GCAGCGACCCCGAUCGCAGACCUUUCAAGCUUUGAGCAAUGUUCCGCGUUCCAUCCAACAAUCGCCAUACUCACUGCUCCAACCGACAUCAUCUCCCGGGCGGGGACCGCUUCGAAUAAGAUCAACAUGUCAGACCGACCGCUCUCUGGGCGGCCGCUGCCGUCGUCCUUUGACGACAAUGAGGACUUCUACAACGAAUCCGGCGUUCAGAAGGUUCUCCGCCGGAUGAAGGAGGAGCCGCUAGUUCCAAUCGGAUGCAUCCUCACUGUCGCGGCCUUCACCAGUGCUUACCGAGCGAUGCGGCGCGGCGAUCACUACAAGGUCCAGCGCAUGUUCCGAGCUCGUGUCGCCGCGCAGGGCUUUACCGUGUUGGCAAUGGUUGCGGGCGGCAUGUACUACGCCGAAGACCGCAAAAAGCAGAAAGAGCUCUGGAAAUUGAAGCAGCAGCAGGAGGCGGAGGAGAAGAGGCAGAAGUGGAUCAGGGAGCUCGAGGCGCGUGACGAGGAAGAGAGGGCGCUCCGAGAGGCUCUCGAGAAGAAACGAAAGCGGGCAGCCGAGCGCACGACAACCGAACCGGGGAAGGAGGGCGUUGCAGCGCAGGCGAGGGCCGCGCUGAAGGGGGCGAAGGCGGCCAACGCGGAGGAAAGCGCCGAGGCCUCAGAGGACCCUGCGGACAGCAAAAGCAAGCCCAGCACUUCAAUUCUAGGCUCACUAGGCGGUUGGUUUGGUGGGUCAAGCAAAGCACCGCAAGGCUCUGCCAAGGACUCAGACGACUCGAAGCCCGAUCCUAAGGACGGUCACAAGUGACACCCGCUGCUGUGUGUCAGCAGAAGUAGGGGGGCUUCGAUCUGUAAGAUUACGACGGGGUGUGUCGCAUUGUGUAGUAUGUGGGUUGGAAUCGUUCCAGUAUU